AUGUCGUUGUGGGUGGGCGGCGGGGGCAAUGGCGGCGAGGUCCGGCCGACCACGACCGUCAUGUCGGCCAACACUUCCAUGGAGUCCGGGAUUGAGGCGGGGGUGCUGCCGACGGUCACGGGUUCACUCGCCUCCGCCCGGGACUCGCUGGGUUCGCUGUCCCGGGCCGCGGAACAACUGUACGAUACUGAUCAUACGGAUCUCGGUUCGGAACUUGACGAGGCGGAGAUUAGAAGGGAGUUGAUGCAUGAUUUCGACCCGGAGGGCUUCGGCGAGAUUCCAUGGCCCGACUUCCUCCAGACGCUACAGAACCCAGAUUUUAUUGCUCAGGUGCCGCCUCAUAAACAUGAGAUACUGUUGGAUAAAGCUCGCAGUGCUACAUCCGAUGCAAUCACAUUUCAGGAGUUCGUUAACGUGUUUACGGUGACGAUCGUCUGUCUUCACAUCGCCCACGUGCCGGCUGGCUACGUCGGCGGUCCACCUACUAAUUGCUGA